GUUAUUCAAAUAUUGAAUGUUAUUCUCCCCCUCUUGACAGUGCCUCAAUGUCGUAAUGCACUCAGCUGUGGGGACAACUCAAGUUUUUGGGUCUUUGUCAGGAUGAAUGUGCUGCUUCUGAAAGAGCCAAGAGAUGGAGAGUCUGGACCUGAUCCUUACAUUCAGGAGCUGGCAUCACAUGGACAUAAGGCAACCCUAAUUCCUGUGCUGUCUUUUAAGUUUGUCUCAUUAAACACCUUAUCGGAUAAGCUUUUCCAACCAGAAAAACAUGGAGGUCUUAUAUUUACCAGUCCAAGAGCAGUGGAGGCAGUGAAGAUGUGCUUAGAAGCAGAAGAAAGAAGGGAUGAAUGGGACCGCUCUGUGAAAGACAAAUGGAACCGCAAGUCCAUAUACGUCGUUGGAAAGGCAACUGCUGCAUUAGUACGGAAUCUGGGUCUGAACCCUUUGGGCGAGGACACAGGGACAGCAGAUGUCCUAUCACGUCUUAUCAUUGAACGAGAGGACAAAAAUAUUCCACCACUUUUUUUCCCCUGUGGCUCGAUCAAAAGAGAAGUCUUGCCCACGGCUUUGAGGGAAAAUGGCGUGCCCCUAGAGACGCUGACUGUCUAUCAAACAGCUGAACAUCCAGAUCGGGAGAAAAAUCUCAAGAACUAUUUCAAAGAGCAGGGCGCUCCAGCCAGCAUAGCUUUCUUCAGUCCAUCGGGAGUGAAGUUUUGCCUGGAAGUUGUACGGAGGCUGUCUGUUUGCAGCCAUUGGACCUACUACACAAGAUGCCAUGAUAGCAGAAGAUAUGGAUUCAUUAAGCCAGUGAACUGGGAGGAGAUACAGUUUGAUGAUUCAGAUGUCUCUUUUAAUGAUGACUUUCUGGAUAACCUUCAAGACAUGAUCCAGGAAGGAACCUCAGUGCAUCACUCAAGGGAUGCUCCUCAGGAUGUCGAUUACGAAGACCACAAUAGUCUUACCAACAACCAAGAGUUUAUUUCAGCACUUAAAGAGUUUCAGAGGGUUUCCGGUCUGCCUGCCACAGGUGUGUUUGAUGAAGCCACCAGGGUGGCAAUGAACAAACCAAGGUGUGGAGUCCCUGACAAAGAAAUUGACAUGGACGCAGCUGUAGCACCUGAGGAUAGUGGAGAUUUAAAUGCUAAAAACAGUUCAAAUAACUCUCUAAAUGAGACUGACAGUAACAACACAAUCAGUAGCUCUUCUUAUGGUUCUACCAACUUUGAAGAUGACGUAUUCAAUGCUAUUGACACAGAAAGUAUUGUCACAGGCGUUUCCAAUGACACCAGCUUAAAUUUCACAUUAUUUGAUCCAAUUUUAAACAGCACAUCCCUGAACAGCUCACAUGAUAUCAAUAGUCAAAUAUUCAAUACCAGCAGCCAUCAGAGCGCAGCAGUACGACACAGGAAACGUCACCUCGCCACUCUGGUAUCCAAAAGUAGGCACAAAAGAGACUUGAGUGAAACAGGAUACAUGGCCUUCUCUAAGAGGGUGUUGAAAUGGAGGCUGAUAGGAGAAGGCUACAGCAGUCAGCUGUCCAUCCAAGAGCAGAGGUACAUUUUCAGACUGGCGUUCAGGAUGUGGAGCGAGGUGUCUCCGCUGGAGUUUGUUGAGGACACACGUUCCCCACUGGAGGAUGUUGAUAUCAGGCUGGGCUUUGGAACAGGACGGCAUCUGGGUUGCAAACAGAGGUUUGAUGGCACUGGGCAGGAAUUUGCACACGCCUGGUUCCUGGGGGAUAUACACUUUGAUGAUGAUGAACACUUCACUGCUCCCAGCGCUGGCAGUGGGAUCAGCCUUCUAAAAGUAGCAGUUCAUGAGAUCGGCCAUGUUUUGGGUCUCCCUCACAUCUACAGAUCCGGUUCCAUAAUGCAGCCCAGCUAUCUGCCCCAGGAGUCUGGCUUUGAGAUGGACUGGUCAGACAGGAAGGCCAUACAGCACCUCUAUGGGGGCUGUAAGGGCCGAUUCAACACAGCUUUUGAUUGGAUCAGAAAGGAGAAGACACCCUAUGGAGAGACGGUCAUCCGCUUUAACACCUACUUCAUGAGGAACGGCUGGUAUUGGCUGUAUGAUAACAAGAGUAACCGCACACGCUACGGAGAUCCAGUGGCACUGCAGGCCGGCUGGCGUGGUAUCCCCAUGGACGGAGUGGAUGCGUUUGUGCAUGUGUGGUCCAGAAAAAGAGAUGCUGUGUACUUCUUCAAGGGUGCUCAGUUCUGGAGGUACGACAAUGAGAAUGACGAGGUGUUCAGACAGGACCCUGAAGGUCACCGCUAUCCGAGGUUAAUCUCCAAGGCGUUCCCAGGGGUGUUCGGGCCCAUCGACACAGCCUUCUAUGACAGGAGAGACUCUCGCAUCUACUUCUUCAAAAACACUCUUGUGUAUGCAUUCGACGUGGAAGCCAACAACUUGGCAAGAGGCUUCCCCAAAAACAUCAGAGACGUUUUCCCUCCAGUGGUGAGCGGAGACCAUCCAGAUGGCAACAUCGACGCUGCCUACUUCUCCUACACCCACAAUGCCAUCUUUCUACUCAAGGGCGCGCGCUUCUGGCAGGUGGUGGGCAGCCGAGAUCGCUGGCGCCGGCCCUUUCUGCCACGCAAUGGCCUGUUGCCACACAAGGAGGUGGAUCAGCGCUGGUUCGACAUCUGCAACGUUCAUGCCACUGCACUCAAACUAAAGCGCUGAAACACAGAUUCAUUCAACCCUACUGACGUGAACCGACAGCUUCACCUGGUGGGGUAUGUAUACAUGUUGUCAUACAUGUAGAUAUCCAUUAUCUAUUUUAUUUAAAUGUUUACCUUUAGACAAAAACAGUGUACUUCAAAUACUUCUGUUGGCUUAGUUUCAAUGAGGUGUGAUAUGUGUAUUAAUAUAUCAGCUGCUCUGAGUGUCUCUCACUAAGAGCUGCCAAAUGCACACUGGCAUAAAAACUAUUGUGAAGGACGGCUUAUGAUGAAUAGGUUUUUAGAGCAUGACUGAGAAAAUACUUAUUUAUAGAAUGAACUAUUUUGAGUGUUUAAAAAGGAAAAGGUAUUCCUGGGACAGAGUGGUUUCUGGGUAAACCUACAGAUUGUAUGCAUGUUUCUUAUUUAAAGAAGUAUCAUGAAAUGAUUUUAAAUAUAUCUUCAAACUUCAAUGCCCACAACAGAUUAACAUUCAUUUACAUUUCCUCUUUUUCUUCUUAAAUGUGGAGUAUGUUGUUGUGGGGGACAGGGGGAACACAUACAGUAUAAAGCAAAUACACAACCAAUCUUUAUACUGCACAAAAGAGCCUUACGAAUUAUACAUAAAAGUACUUACAGAGAACCAACAAAUUCAUUAGUUAUCAAACUAAGAAAACUAAAACUAAAAGACCUGGUGGUCUAUAAAACGUAUCUAAUCUGUGGAAUAACUGAAAUACUGUGCAUCUUUAUCUAAGCAAAAAAAAAACUAUUCAGAAACAAAAUCCUAAAUGGUAAAGAGCAGGACCGGGGAUUUCUUGUCAUUUUUGUUUUGUAAAAGAGAUGAUUUAUGACGAUGACGAUGACGAUGACGAUGACGAUGACGAUGACGAUGAACUGAACUUUUAUUUUCAUGAACAAUGUAUGCUAGAGGGGGGUUGUACCAGAAACGUUUUUAAGCUUCUUCUUGUCCCUUUUGAACAUGA